AUGAGGAUUGCCUGUCUUCAGUUUGCGCCUCAAGUUGGAGAUGUCGACAACAACCUCAAUCGAGCGGACGCCGUGCUCAGUAGAGCUAAUCCCAAAGACUUAGACUUAUUGGUUUUGCCAGAGCUUUGCUUUACAGGAUACAACUUCCGCUCACUACAGCACAUUUCACCCUUCCUUGAGCCAGCCGCUGCUGGAAUUACCUCCCUAUGGGCGCGCACCACAGCGUUGAAGUACAAUUGUUUUGUUACUGCGGGUUAUCCUGAAAAGGUGGACGUGAGCCCGAAAUGGCCAGCGGGGCCAGAGUACUACAACUCGGCCAUCACAGUCAACCCGGACGGUGAAACUGUGGCCAAUUAUCGGAAGUCUUUCCUUUACUAUACGGAUGAAACAUGGGCACUUGAAGGAUCUGGAUUCUAUAGCGGGACGAUAGACGAUCUUGGCAACGUUGCUAUGGGGAUUUGUAUGGAUUUAAAUCCCUAUAAAUUCGAAGCGCCAUGGAACGCCUGGGAGUUUGCGUAUCACAUCCUCCACAGGGAGUCGAAUCUGGUGGUUCUAUCGAUGGCCUGGCUCACUCGUGAGGAUAUUACGACCUUCUCAAGGGCACCUCAAGAACCAGACAUGGAAACUUUAUCGUACUGGUUAUCGAGACUGGAACCGGUAAUCAGAGCAGAAACGAUCGGGGAAAUCAUCGUCGUUAUUGCCAAUCGAUGUGGAUCUGAAGAAGAAGUGGUAUAUGCCGGUACGAGUACGGUGCUAGGGAUCAAUCAAGGCGAGGUAAAUGUGUAUGGAAUUUUGGGUCGUGGGGAGAAAGAACUUCUUGUGGUCGACACCUCGAUUCGCCCACAAGCAAGACUUAUCUCAGAGCCUUCUUCUGCCGCUACGGAUACAAGCAUCCAAUCAAAGAAUACGGAAGCUUCGCCCUCGACUGCUUUAACGACUCCAGAUCUUGACAAUGGCAUGUCGGAAUCGAACGAUGGGCAUCCUGCUGUCUCGCCAAAUUAUCCAAAAUACCCUCCAGCAUUUUCUAGCAGCGAGUCGGACAAUGAGGGUGAUUAUCGGAGCCCGACUUAUUUAGCUCGUGGUGAACCAGUUCAACCGCCAGCAACAUCAACGCCGUCUAUCUCUCCCUCCUUAAUGAACCAUCAGCCAUCUCCCAAUUCAGGAAACUACAGUCACGCUCAAAACCGUGCGGUUGAAGAGCCAGCCCUGAUAUCUCCCGAUCGAGUUGCGAAGCCUACCUUGGUUACUCAAGGUUUCGCCCAAGAACCACAAGCCAACCUACCUCCACCGGAUCAUCAUCCUACCUCCGCCUCAGCAGUCCCAGAUAAAUACCAAUCUGAAUUCACGGCCAGAACUUUCGGCCGAAGGAGUGAUCACAUCUCCCCUCGGCCCAGGAGUUCAUUUUGGUAA